AUGGACUCUGGCAACGGGACCUCUCCCACCUCACCUCUCCUUGGCCUUCUGGAGCCAGUGCCACCCAGUGCCACCUCCCCUGAGGUGACAGACUGGCUGCCCAUCAUCGUUGGGCUCAUCUGCAUCUUCCUGGUGCUGGCCACCCUCCUGACCUUUGUCACCCUCUGCCAGCCAGCGGCGCUGGGCCGGUCCCUCUGGGGUCCCCAGGAGUGGCUGCCCCCCCACCCCGUGGAUGCCAGCCAGCCCCAGCUGAGGCUCUGGAAGCGUCUGGGCUCCCUGAGGUGCUCCAUCAGCAGCUUCAGGAGGAGCCAGCUGGUGUCUCAGAGCCCCCAUGCCUGUCCCAGGAGCUUCUCCAGCAGCCAGGACUGGGACAUCAUGGAGUCCACCAAAAUGUGA